GUCUCAUUCGCCUCCGCAACAACAUGAAUGGACGGAUGUUCAGUUAACACAGUUUGUGUCUCGGAGGUCCUUUGCCUUUGCAUGAAAACUGUCCUCUUUAUACCCAGCUAAAGUUUCGGGUACGUUGUAGAGGAAACCAGAACCCACGUAAUUUUUUUGCAUCUCCCCUCCGCCGGUCGUCGUUGCUGAUUUGAGAUGUUUGUCAUGCCUUAGCGCAUUCGCUCAUGAGAUCGAUCGGCAUUAGAGUUGGAUGAUCUAAGUUUUGUUUGAGCUAAUUUAGAAAUGGCCGGAGGUGGCGCAACCGCCGGAUCGAGGGAGCUCGAUCAGACGCCGACGUGGGCUGUCUCGGCUGUUUGCGCUGGCAUCGUCUUGAUUUCCAUCUUAUUAGAGAAGGUUCUUCAUUCUGUGGGAACGAUAUUUCGUAAAAAGCGUAAGGCGGCCAUGUUAGAAGCGCUUGAAAAGCUGAAAGGAGAACUCAUGGUUCUGGGAUUUAUUUCGCUGCUAUUGACGUUCGGGCAAAACUACAUAGCUAAAGUCUGCAUUCCAGAACAUGCGGCAGAUACGAUGUUACCAUGCCCCCUUGCUCACUCUAGCCAAUAUGGAGACAAUGAGGCUGGUGAGAAGGGGGGAGGAGGAGGAGAAGUAGCAGAAGCAGGAGGAGGAGGAGACAGCGGCGGUGAACAUCACCGCCGGCUCCUCUGGUACGUGCAUAGGAUCUUAGCGGCUGACAGUGGAGGCGCAGGUUGUAAAGCGGGGUACGUGUCAAUGGUCUCCGUUAAUGCGUUGCAUCAGUUACACAUUUUCAUUUUCUUUCUAGCAGUGUUCCAUGUUCUAUAUAGCGCAGUGACCAUGACACUUGGAAGAUUGAAGAUUCGCGGAUGGAAAGUGUGGGAGCGGGAGACAAUGACUGAUUUUGAGUUCUUGAACGAUCCUUCAAGGUUUAGGCUCACCCAUGAGACAUCGUUUGUAAGAGAACACAGUCACUUGGGGAACAAGACACCGUUUCUCUUUUAUAUCGUAUGCUUUUUCCGGCAAUUUUUUCGGGCGGUUCGUAGGGCUGACUACUUGACCAUGAGACAUGGAUUUGUUACGGUUCAUUUAGCACCGGGGAGCAAAUUCGAUUUUCAAAAGUACAUAAAACGGUCACUAGAAGAUGACUUCAAAGUAGUGGUCGGAAUCAGUCCGCCUUUGUGGGCUUCUGUAGUGAUCUUCCUACUUAUGAAUGUCCACGGUUGGCAAGCUAUGUUUUGGCUGUCUAUUCUACCUGUAGUGGUGAUCUUAGCUGUCGGGACGAAAUUGCAAUCUAUCAUAACACAGAUGGCUCUUGAGAUCCAAGAGAGACACGCUGUAGUUCAAGGGAUACCCCUCGUACAAGUCUCCGACCGGCAUUUUUGGUUUGGUUGGCCACAGUUAGUGCUAUAUCUAAUCCAUUUCGUCCUAUUUCAGAACGCAUUCGAGAUUACCUACUUCUUUUGGAUUUGGUAUGAAUUCGGUCUGAAAUCCUGCUUUCACGACAAUUUUACCCUUGUCGUGAUACGGGUUGCACUGGGGGUUGGGGUCCAAAUUCUCUGCAGUUACAGCACACUCCCCCUAUAUGCUCUUGUCACUCAGAUGGGAUCGACCAUGAAGAGAUCGAUCUUUGACGAACAAACUUCGAAGGCCCUGAAACAGUGGCACAAGAACGCCUUAAAGAAGAAGACUGAUGGGAAAGCAGAACCUCAGACUAGGACUCUGGGUGGAAGCCCUGGAGAUUCGCCCGAGCAUUCACCAACACAUGCACACCAAACUCAUCCUAGAAAGAUCCGUCCCUCGGAUAACGACACACGGUCUCUGGACACCAAUGCUGCUAGCAUCACAGCUAGCGUGGAUGUUCCUGGGGAACGCAAUCCCCAGAAUAAUGAAAAAGGCUUUCCGUUCCGUCAGCAAGAUCUACUGUCCAGUCCUUAAUCAUAUAAUUAGCUUCGGCAGUUGCAAUUUUCUCAUAAAAACUGCGAGCAUGCUGAGAAUCGUCUCGCCACGAUGCCCUCCAAAGUCGAAGGUGGAUGUUUGUUGUGGUUGUGGGGGUGUCCUUGUUUCUUGAUUAGGUACUAUUUAUCCCGCAAACUGAUAAAAGGGAAGUCAAUGCCAUCAUCUGUCGAGCCACAUGCCUUGUUUCUGCAUCGGCUCGAGUACUUUCCGAAGCAAAAAAAAAAACCCAGGAACCGAAUCUUGUAGGUAGUAUUCUCAAAAAUUUUGUGUACAAUUGUGGAGUGGUUUGUAGGGUACCAAAGUUCUGCUCCCCAGUCAGCACCUGAUUGUGCUUGGUCAUAUUACUUGCAAAUGUGUUGGAAAGUUGAUUCUCUUGCUUACUGAUGAGUGAUGACUUGAUCACAGAAUGCGAAACCUGUAAAUUACAUUACUUGAUGGUUGAGUAUAUAUAUUCAUGCGACUCCAA